CCCGGGCAUGUCUGGUCCGCGCGCUCCGGGAACCGAGGCUGGGCCUGGUGGGCAGCGGGGAGUGCGAGGGACCCCAGAAUCAGGGGUUGGGGUCAUAGAGCGUCUUCACAAACGGGGGCAGGCAGUGUUCGUGCGACCCGGAGGGACCGUGGGCGUCGAUGCCUGGAGUUACUGUAAAGGACGUGAACCAGCAGGAGUUCGUCAGAGCUUUGGCAGCCUUCCUCAAAAAGUCCGGGAAGCUGAAAGUCCCUGAAUGGGUGGACACUGUCAAGCUGGCCAAGCAUAAAGAGCUCGCUCCCUACGAUGAGAAUUGGUUCUACACACGAGCUGCUUCCACAGCACGGCACCUGUACCUCCGGGGCGGCGCUGGGGUUGGUUCCAUGACCAAGAUCUAUGGGGGGCGUCAGAGAAAUGGUGUCAUGCCCAGCCACUUCAGCAGAGGCUCCAAGAGCGUGGCCCGUCGGGUUCUCCAAGCCCUGGAGGGGCUGAAAAUGGUGGAAAAGGACCAAGAUGGUGAGGUGCCAAGUCUGUCCUGCACAGUCUGCACCUGCCCCCCAGGCAGGCAGGGGAUUCUUCAGAAAAGCGAACAGCGCGGGGCCUCGCCCCGACCCCUCUGGCUAACUACUGCAGGCUCCAGGAAGGGGCCGCAAACUGACACCUCAGGGACAGAGAGAUCUGGACAGAAUCGCUGGACAGGUGGCAGCUGCCAACAAGAAGCAUUAGAACAAAUGAUGCUGGGUUAAUAAAUUGCCUCAUUCGUAA